AUGGAAGCAACUCCAGAACGGGGGCGAAUCACUUUGGUUGCAGAUGUGCUCGCGGGCGUCGUGACCAUCGCCUGCUUCUUGGGCAGCCUGUCCAUGGCCUAUCAAAUGUGCCACGCCAGCAAUUCGUCCGGCAUCCCGUUCUUUCCCCUGGGAGCGGCCAUAAUCUGCGUGAACGCCUGGAUGCUGUACGGACUCGCCGCCGGCGACUCCAUCGUGGUGAGGGUGAACGCCUGCAGCCUCACACUGAUGGCCGUUCUGUCGCCAAUCCUGCGCAUCCUGCAGAAGAUACCGCUGCCGGAGAUCGCCGCCUGGACUCUGGCCACUUGCGGAGUGUGGGCGCUGUACGGUAUUCUCGCCUGGGAGGUGUGGCUCUUCCUGGCCAACUUCAUAGGCGUCGUGGUCGCCGCUGCCGAACUGAUCCUGGCUGUUUGGAUGUUGUGGGGGAGUGGCGAUGAUGCGGUGGCUUAA